AUGAUGGAGAGAUUCAAGAAGCUCCAACUGCCUACAUUUUCCAAGAUAAAUGCUAAGGCAAUGCAGCUGGAACGAUGGAUUAUUACCUUAGAGAAAGCAUUUGAUGUACUUGAGUGUACGGAUGCACAGAAGUUGAUAUGCGCCGGAUAUCAGCUACAUGAUGAGGCAGAAGCAUGGUGGAAAGCAACCAAGCCUGAUCUUGAAGCAGCUCAUCCAAACCCUACUUGGGAGAAAUUCAAAGAAGUCUGCUUCAAGAACUACUUCCCUGAGAGGGAUUACAUCACGCGCUUUAAUGAUGAGGCCUUGGAGAUCAAAGACCUGGACAAGGCUAUGGCGUUCAAUGCCCUGCACAAUGGUGUGACAAACCAUGAUUUGGUGAAGUCACUCGCCCUUGACCCAGUCACCACCAUGCCUCAGUUGCUAGAUCGCUGCUACCAGUCUGCCAACAUGUUUGACAUCAUGAAGGCACGAAAGAGAGCAGAUCCCAAGGCAUCGGAGAAGAAAAGAGCAAGCGAGAAGGAUGAAAAGAAGAAGGACACCAAGAGGCUGAUGUUCUCUAGGCCUGAGGAUAGAAAUAAGAAGAAAUACUGUAAGUUCCACAAGGAUGUCGGCCACGUCACAGAGGACUGCAGACAAUUGAAGAGAGAAAUAGAAGAUGUGAUCCAGAAAGGCCAUUUGAGGCGCUACGUCAAGGAAGAUGGAAAAGACAACUCCAGGGGUUAUGAAAUGACAAGGAGCGACCCAAGGAGAGAUGACAGAGCUAGAGGCGGAGAUGAUAGAGAUUUUUGA